AUGUCUAUGAUUGCGGCUUUCUAUGGCGGCAAGUCUAUCCUCAUCACAGGGGCCACCGGCUUCAUGGGCAAAGUGUUGAUGGAGAAGCUGUUACGCACCAGCCCCGACCUGAAAGUCAUUUACAUCCUUGUGAGACCUAAGGCUGGCCAGACACUCCAGCAGAGGGUUUUCCAGAUCCUGAACAGUAAGCUGUUUGAGAAAGUCAAAGAAGUGUGUCCCCAUGUGCAUGAGAAGAUCAGAGCUAUUUCUGCGGAUCUCAACCAGAAUGACCUUGCCAUCAGCAAGGAGGACAUGCAGGAGCUCCUGUCUUGUACAAACAUCGUCUUCCACUGCGCAGCCACCGUGCGGUUCGAUGAGGCUCUGAGACAUGCCGUGCAGCUGAAUGUCACUGCCACCCAGCAGCUCUUGCUGAUGGCCAGUCAGAUGCCAAAGCUAGAAGCCUUCAUCCACAUCUCGACUGCCUUUUCUAAUUGUAACCUGAAGCACAUCGACGAAGUCAUCUAUCCAUGCCCUGUGGAACCAAAAAAGAUCAUUGACUCCUUGGAGUGGUUAGACGACGCCAUCAUUGACGAGAUCACACCCAAGCUGAUUGGGGAUCGACCGAAUACUUACACCUAUACCAAGGCCUUGGGAGAGAUGGUGGUGCAGCAGGAGAGCGAGAACAUCAACAUUGCCAUUAUAAGGCCCUCCAUCGUGGGAGCGACCUGGCAGGAGCCCUUCCCAGGUUGGGUUGAUAACUUAAAUGGACCCAGCGGAAUCAUUAUUGCGGCCGGGAAAGGGUUUCUUCGGGCCAUAAGAGCUACUCCGAUGGCUGUGGCAGAUUUAGUCCCAGUGGAUACAGUCGUCAAUCUCACCUUAGCAGUAGGAUGGUACACCGCAGUUCACAGACCGAAGUCAACAUUAGUCUACCACUGUACUUCUGGCAGCCUCAAUCCUUGUAACUGGGGCAGGAUGGGAUUGCAAGUCUUGGCAAGUUUUGAAAAAAUCCCUUUUGAGAGAGCUUUCAGGAGGCCAAACGCUGACUUCACAACCAACAACUUUACAACCCAUUACUGGAACGCCAUAAGCCACCGAGUCCCUGCUAUUGUCUAUGACUUCUAUCUGCGACUAACGGGAAGGAAGCCCAGGAUGACAAAGCUCAUGAACCGGCUCUUAAGAACCGUCUCCAUGCUGGAGUAUUUCAUCAACCGGAGUUGGGAAUGGAGCACCUACAAUACAGAAAUGCUCAUGUCCGAGCUGACCCCUGAGGACCAGAGGGUAUUCAACUUCGAUGUGCGCCAGUUGAACUGGAUGGAAUACAUUGAAAAUUAUGUUUUGGGAGUUAAGAAAUACUUACUGAAAGAGGACAUGGCUGGGAUCCCAGAAGCAAAGCAACACUUAAAAAGGCUCCGAAAUAUCCACUACCUCUUUAACACUGUCCUCUUCCUUAUCGCCUGGCGCCUCCUCAUCGCAAGAUCUCAGAUAGCACGGAACGUCUGGUUCUUCAUCGUCAGCUUCUGUUAUAAAUUCCUCUCCUACUUUAGGGCAUCCAGCACACUCAAGGUCUAAGAACGCUCAGCAGCCACCGUGUAUCUGGAAACUGAGAUACUUCUGAAACAGCAAACUGUGGUUCUCAAGAAUAGGAAUAUGCCCAAACUGUCUAAUGUCCACUGUGUUGUUAUGUAUCAAUCUUAUUUUUUAACUAUAUACUUUUUAUUUUCGUGAGAGAAGGAAAGUCAUAAACUAGCCUAUAACCACAUAUUUCUGGGAAUACAAAUUCCAGAUUAUUUCCUAAUACUCUUUUAUGCCCUUGCAUAAGGAAGUACUUCUAUCUUUCUAUAUUUAGUUUUCCUUUUCUCCUGGAGGUGGUUAAUUUUGACUCCAACAUGAAAGAACACACUGUAGAAGUUACAAUAAGCUAAAGAGGCAGUACUGAGUUCAGACCCAUUCUGAGAUACCCAAUAGAAAGGCUUAAAAUCAAGACAAGUAGAGGAAGGAGGGUCUCAGCAUCCUCACAUAUGCUCUAAGAGAAGUAUAUCACUCACUGAAAAUGUCUCUCAUUUCUGUGGUGUUCCGUGGAGUCCUGGUUGAGAGGUGGGGGAAUUAGAAACAUGAGCUCACAUUUACCAUUUUUCUUAACUACAUCCACUUCUUAACCUUAAAAAGGAACAAGUGUAAAUAAUUAUAUACAGGAGAGUGUAAAGAAUAUUUGCAUUGUGGACUCUAGCUUAUCAUGCUUUUAAGUGAGAUUAAUAGCUUUUCAUCAUCUGAAUUUGACAACUACUAUAGCGUUGCUUGCCAGAGACAGAGAGACAUAAAGUGAGAAAUCACCCCCCUGAGGGAUUUCUCCUUCUUUCUUCUUUCAGGA